CAACGUACCCCCUUAUAGACUAUUGCAUUAAAUCGCUUUUCAUUCCCUUGCAAUGGCAGCCGUGCGAAGUGGAGGAUUUAUGCCUUUGGUGCAGCCGCACGACGGUAAUUGUUCCAUGAAGCGUUUGGCGCUUUAGAUGUUGAUGAGCACCACCAGUGUGCGCCAACCAACCAACCAACCAACCAACCAACCAACCACCAUCAAGUUCCACUAGUUGCAACGUUUUGCCGAGGAGCUUGAUGUGUUCCCGCCGCUGGAGGAAGAGGAUUUGCGCAUUCUUACACGGCCACAUGCACUGAAUUAGACGCCUUCUUGGCGUGAGAGGGGAAAAGUGCACACCAAGACACGGGCUGGUGCACGCCGCAGCACCAGUGGCAGCAGACGCGGAGAAAGGGAAGAGAAGAGGGAGGGGGGGAGAUUCGUGCUUCUCCCUGCGUGCACAUGAAUGAAAGUCACGGCGCUGGUCUCCUCGAACCUGGGAUUACUGUGUAUUCCCCGAAGCCCCUUUCUUCCUUCAUUUCCCCCCCAAGCGACAUCCUUUUUUUGUUUGUUUUGUUUUGUCUCCCAACUUUAGCUGUGGCUUUCUUUGAAAUGACACCGCUAAAUUCAUUUGCUGGAAGAAGACUGGAGCCAAUAUUGGCGCGCCAGCUGACUCGUCAAUGAGACUGUGUUAUGGAGCUAAACGCAGAGGAGACUUGAAUCUUAAGGAUUCUCCUGCAGCCGACAGACACCGGGGUGGACCAAAAUCCAUGUUUGCACCAAGACCGGAGCCCGAAGAAGGGCUUUGGGCGUGAUGUGUUUUUCAUUUUCAUUUUUGUUGGUGUUGCGGGAUGCGUUGGCGUUUACAGUCAUCUGCACGAUGACACGUCAUACUGACACCGCACUUGAGUGAGCUGGGGCACCUUCUCCCAGGAAACAUGCAUUUCUGGGCCCUGAAUAUAAUCCUUGUGAUUGCAUCAUCUCUGAGGCUGGGCGAGAUGUAUGACAAUUACGGGGAAAUCUGCCGCAACCUGUGCACAUGUGAGGAGAAGGAAAGCAUCCUCACCGUCAGCUGCGAGAACCGCGGAAUCAUCAGAGUGACGGAGAUCAGCCCGGUUCAGUUCUCCACGUACCACCUCCUGCUGACGGGAAACCUGCUGAAAAAACUGUCGGCCAAUGAUUUCAUCAAUUACACCGGAGUGACCAUCCUGCACUUGGGGAACAAUGACAUCUCAGAGAUAGAAACAGGUGCCUUCAACGGACUCCAGGGAUUAAAGAGGUUGCACCUGAAUAACAACAAAAUUGACAUUUUGAGAGAUGAUACGUUUGCAGGACUGGAGAGUUUGGAAUAUCUCCAAAUCGAUUACAAUUACAUCAGCAACAUUGAGCCCAACACCUUGAGCAAACUGCACCAACUGACGGUGAUGAUUCUGAAUGACAACCUGCUGGCUUUCCUGCCCCCCAACAUCUUUCGCAAUGUCCCCCUUACGCAUUUGGACCUGCGAGGGAACCUGUUAAAAAUGUUUCCGUACGUUGGCCUCCUAGAGCACAUGGACAAGGUUGUGGAAUUACAGCUGGAAGAGAAUCCAUGGAACUGCUCAUGCGAGCUGAUUGCUUUGAAGGCCUGGCUGGAGAGUAUCGCCUACACGGCGCUGGUGGGAGAAGUGGUGUGCGAGACACCCUUCAGGCUCCACGGGAGGGACCUGGAUGAGGUGUCCAAGCAGGAACUAUGCCCGAGGAGGCCACAAGAGGACACGGUAAGGCCCGCGCCCCCCAGCAGCACCAACGGAUAUUACCAUACCACACCGGCCGCUGUCACAGCCUCGGCCACCUCAUCUGCUGUCUUUCGGUCCUCUUCCAGACCAACCAAGGGCAGUCGUCAAUUUAACCGUACUAGGUUAAAGCCCACCUCUCGACUCCCAGGCGGUAGCCCUUACAACUAUGGCCCCAUCAUUGCUUUUCAGACCAAAUCGCCUGUGCCUUUGGACUGCCCCACGGCCUGCACGUGCAACCUGCAGAUAUCUGAAAUUGGACUGAAUGUAAAUUGCCAAGAGAGAAAGAUCGAAAGUAUCUCUGACCUAAAACCCAAGCCAUACAAUCCGAAAAAAAUGUAUCUCACUGGAAAUUAUAUCCCCGUGGUACGAAGAUCAGAUUUUGUCGACGCCGUUGGAUUGGAUUUGCUUCACCUGGGAAACAACAGGAUAACUGUGAUCCAUGACAGGGCUUUUGGGGAUUUAACAAAUCUGCGUAGGCUGUAUUUAAAUGGUAAUCUCAUGGACAGGCUGACGGGGGAAAUGUUUUUUGGGUUGCAGAACUUGCAAUAUCUUUAUUUAGAGUACAAUAAAAUCAAGGAGGUUGAUGCGGGCACAUUUCGUUACCUGACCAAUCUCCAGCUGCUGUUUCUCAAUAACAAUCUCCUGAAAACAUUACCUUUGGGCGUUUUUUCCAGCCUCUCCCUGUCUCGACUUAAUCUGCGCAACAACCGUUUCCAAAACCUGCCUGUAAGUGGUGUUUUGGAUCAGCUGAAGCUACUGGUGCAGAUAGAUCUCUUUGAAAACCCCUGGGACUGCUCCUGCGAUAUCGUGGGUAUGAAAAUAUGGCUUGAGCAGCUCAGUGCAGGCACAGUGGUCAAUGAGAUCAUAUGCGAGACACCCAAACGGCACACAAAAAUGGACCUUCGCUCCAUCUCGUCGGAGCAGCUGUGCCCCGACCACUCUGAUACGUACGUCUCACCGACCCCCCAGACCGAGGAGCCGUUAGAUGACCGGGUCAUCCCCACGGAUACCCCACACAGGUUCAACUCCUCCAGCAGCACUGUCCCUUUGUCCGUCCUCAUCCUGAGCCUCUUGCUUGUCUUCAUAAUGUCAGUUUUUGUGGCCGCGGGUCUCUUUGUUGUGGUGAUGAAGAAGCGCAAAAAAUCCCAGAGUGACCGCACCAGCACCAACAACUCUGACGUCAGCUCCUUCAACUUGCAGUACAGCCUCUACAGCAACCGCUCAGGCACCAAAGCGAAGGCACCGGCCGGUCACGUCUAUGAAUACAUCCCACAUCCGAUGGGUCACAUGUGCAAAAACCCCAUCUACAGAUCAAGGGAAGGAAAUGCGGUGGAGGAUUACCGUGACCUUCACGAGCUCAAGGUGACUUACAGAAGUACCCCAGAUGAGGAGAGGAAUCGCAGCAUGUUGAGGAGCCCCGCGUACAGCGUUAGCACUAUUGAACCAAUGGACAACCCCUCCCCGGUCCAGGAUGCGGACCAUUUCUUUCGGGGCAUCCUUGAGGCCAAUAAGCAGUCCCCUCAUCAGUCCAUCUCAUCCCUCCCAGUGGGUGCGAGUUUAGAGUACAAGUACACCGGCCCAGUGUCAUAUACCUACAACCCUAAUUUUGAUGUCAGGCGUCAGUUCUUGCACCCGGACAGGAUCAGAGAAACGGUGCUCUACGGCACCUCACCCAGUACUGUUUAUGUGGAACCCAACAGAAACGAAUACUUGGAGCUAAAAGCAAAACUGCAGUCUGAGCCUGAUUACCUCGAAGUUCUCGAGAAACAGACCACCUUCAGCCAGUUCUGAACCACACAGUCAUUUAUUCCAUGGAGCAUUUUGUCCCAUUUUACCCCAUCGGGAAACUUUCUUGGGUGCCUUGGCACAAAGACAAGCAGGAGGAAACUGGUUGAGUCCUGCGGGGUGUGCCGAACAAUCUUCUUCUUAUUGGUUCAACUUGGACACUAUCAGAAUGGGGGAUGAACACAAUUGCUAACUAACGAUGCAAUUUUUAUUUUUAUAUAGCAAUGAUCACAAAUUUGAAGUGUAUACAUAAGUCCCGCUUCAAAUUCAGGAAUAUAACCGUGCAUAUGGUAUAUUGUCAGAAAAGAAAAAAAAAAAUGUUGAUACAAUCACCCCUGGACAAAACAACAAUAACAGAAAACAAAACACACUGUACAGCAGAUGAUAAAACUGUGUAGGAUUAUUUCCUGCUGUAGUCUGUAAGUACCGUAAGUAUUUAUUGAUAUAAUCUACCAUGUCUUUUCAAUAUCAAACUUUUGAUUCUACAUCGACAUUACCUGUGUCAUCAUACAUCACCAUUUUCAGGAGCAAGAAAAAAAAAGGCUUUUGUUUCGUAGUUUCAUUUCUUGUAGCUUGGCAUUGUAAAGUGGCUUUCUAGUUUUGAGGGAAGUGGCACACCCCGAAUACAAAAAAAAAAAAAAAAGAGACUGUGCCAAUUGCUGAGGAAGAAGAACAAAAAAAAUUAUGUUUGUAUGCGUUCAGCACUUUUGGGGAAUUAGAAGGCAAGUUCACAAGCUCUCAUAUAAAAGAUUAUUAUAUUAAAAAUGAAUUGGGGUAUCGAUUCUUAAUAUAUAGAUUUAUUGAAACAAAACAUCCUCAAUGAUAUUUGAAGUUUUGAUUUUGUUGUGUAAUGUUGCUAUUUUAAUCUAUGUAACACCUAUUUUUAUACAAGCGUUGGCAGAAUCUCUAUCCCUGAUCGAGUCUUAUGUUUUGGAUUGCUUUGCACUUCUUGCACUAUAUUGACCAAACUAUGUUGUUGUCAUCAAAUAAACAUGAUGUCGGUUCUCAUGA